GCAUUUCGACCUAUAAAUGCAUUCAAUGUUUUGAGCCUGUUUUUUCUAAGUGGGGUCAUGGAUGAGGGGUUGGACGUGAAGAAACUCAUAAAUGAUGGGAGACUGGACUUAAAACUGUUUAAACAAGAAUGUUCCACCCUCAAAAAUACGCUUAAUACCGCAUGGCAACACAAAAGGUCGAAGCAAUCGGUAUGGAUGAAUAAGUCACGUUUGGCAGUUGACCAAAAAACGCGACAACUUCAAAAUCUGUUUUAUGAAUUGGAGCAUCUUAAAGAGUCCAUCCAAACCUGCCUAGGAUUUAGAUCACUUCAUGAGGAGAUUAACCUUAUUCCGGAGGAAGAAUAUGCCAGCGCUGUUGGUACCUCAGAGGCUUGUAACUCAGAGCACCAGCAAACACUUGAUCGUCUUUAUUGGGAAUUGGAACAGAGGAAAAAGUUACUU